AUGGGCUGCAACAACUCUCGCCACAUCCUCGAGAUGGAAUCUCGACCUAUCCGUCCUGUGACCAUCUCCAGCCAUUCAGUUGGCUCUGUCAUGGCUCCCUCGUCCAUUUUCCAAGACUUCCCUGAAACCUCAGAGUUGAGUCGACAGCAGAUCAUCGACGCCUUCCAACACAUGGCCGAGUACCUGAACGAAUGUGGCACAUACGUGAACUGUGCUGUCGUUGGUGGUGUUGUAAACGCACUUUAUCUGCGUCACAGGGAGACAACUCCCGACGUCGAGUUCCUUCUUCACGAUCCUGCCUCGAAAGAGUAUAUCACACUCAGCAAUGCUGCUAGUUUCGCCAACAAGAAGGCUCAAGGAACUCUCGGAGAGCAGUGGUUCAACAACUCGAUGCAAAUCUUUGUGCCUCGAAACAUCCAGCUCGAUAUUCUUCAAUGGGCCAAGGAACAGCAUGAGGUCAUCUUCGAGCAUCGCGGUAACUACGGCGGUCUCACAGUUUACGCUGCCCCAUGGGACUAUGCGUUGUGCAGCAAACUCAACAGUCUCUACGACAAUAUCCGAGCUGAUGAUAUGGAGGAUGCAGUCGCAUACCUACAUCGAUAUCUGACUCUUACUCGCCAAGAGUCCCUCAAUGGGAACCAAGUCAACGACUGGUGCAGGAAGUACCAUCAAGAUGUUUCGCGAGAUGUGCUGAAUCGCCUUGGAGAGGCGUAUGCUCGAAAGCACGGUAGCUGGCCGCUUCAGUAG